AUGGCCAACAAGGGAGCUUCAGCACACAAUCCACCAACAUUUGCCUCCAAUAUGACUGUUGUAAGUGUUAAUGAAGACACACAGAUAGGUGCAGAAGCAUAUAGGAUGUUAGCAUAUGACGAAGAAAAUGACCCAUUAACCUAUUAUAUGACUGGAACAGAUUCUACAUUUUUCAAAGUGGACAGAAAUACUGGCAUUGUCACAGUUGCACGGGAAUUGGACCGAGAGGCUAAGCCUCUUUUGGAAGUUUCCAUUGCUGUUAGUGAUCAAAUAAAUAGAAAGAGCAUGUCACAAACAAUCAUUCUUGAAGAUGCCAAUGAUAAUGCACCCAUAUUUCUAAAACCUUCAUACACAAUAUCUGUUAAUGAGAAUGAAUCUAAAGGUGCAACAUUAUUUACUGUUAAAGCGGUGGAUAGUGAUGAAGGGCCUUCUGGAGCAGUACAGUAUAAGAUUGUGGAAGUCCUGCCAAAUGCCCCUUAUCUCUUUGGAAUGCAACAGAAUGGAAGUGUUAUUUUGAAUGAUACACUGAGUUACGCAGAGAAAAGCACAUUUUAUCAGUUAAAGAUCGAAGCUUCAGACCAUGGUGGAAUGUAUAAUGGAAGAUUUAUUAUCCAAAGAAGCUUUGUAUUUGCAUUUAUUAAUGUAAAAGAUGUCCCUGACAUGAAUCCUAUUUUUCUCAACAUUCCUUAUCAAACCACAGUUCCUGAGAAUUCUUCAGUGGGAACAACUGUAUUUCAAGUUUUAGCCAUCGAUGGUGACCGAGGAAUUAAAGAUGAAAUUACAUAUACAAUUCAAAAUUCACACCCUCCAGGGUUAUUUCAAAUUGAGGCUCAGAGUGGAGAUAUAAUUGUAAGUGGCUCUCUCAACAGAGAGGAACUUCUUGAUUUUAAUUCAGUUGUGGAACUGCAAGUUAUGGCCAAAGAGAAAUGUCUUGAUAUCCAUGGAACUUAUGCCUCUGCAAAUACAAGUGUAUCCAUCAAAGUGACCGAUAUCAACGACAACACACCUGCCUUCUAUAAUUGCAGUCUUGAUACGUGUAAUUUUAUUCAAAGUUCAGAAGUAAAUUCAUUUAACACUUCAAUUCCUGAGCAUUUCUCUACAGGAGUGCCAAUAAACAGUUUAACUAUAGUGGCUCGAGAUCCUGAUCAGGGCGUGAAUGGAACCUUCACACUGUCCCUCCAUGGACAAGAUGCAUCAGUUUUUACUAUUUCCCCAAAAGAGAUCACAAAUCUGGGAAAGGUACAGAUAAUUGUGAGCAACUCAUCUGCCAUUGAUUAUGAACAGAGGAGAGUUUUAAACAUUGAGAUUGUUGCAAAUGAUACAACCAAUCCGACCAAAUGUUGCUCCACAGUGAGUCUUACAAUCAACAUUGUUGACAUUAAUGAUCACAGCCCAGAGUUCCCACGCCAAACAUACAUCCUCUUUGUGGAAGAACAUGCAAACAAUGGAACUGAAAUUGGAAACAUUACAGCAAAUGAUUCUGACAGUGGCAUUUUUGGUAUAAUUACCUACAGCCUGUCACCAAAGAGCAUAAGAAACGGAUUUAAAGUUAAUAGUAUGACAGGUGUAAUUACAGUUGAGAAUGGCACAGCACUUGACAGAGAGAAACGUCCUGUUUAUUAUGGGAUCCUUCAGGCAACAGAUGGUGGAAAUCGUAUAGGUACAACAUCGCUUGAAAUUGUUCUGAAAGACAUAAAUGAUUUCCACCCAGUAAUGGCAAGAGAUUCCUAUGCUGCAUUCAUCAUGGAAAACAAUGACAAUGAAUUAAACAUUAAAAUUGAAGCGUUUGACAAUGACCAGGAAGGCACCAAUAACAGUGAGAUUCGCUACACUAUAGCUGGCGGUGACUACCAACAAAAUUUUACUAUCGAUUCAAUCACCGGUGUUCUCCAAUCAGUUGGCCCUAUAGAUCGAGAGGACAUAGAACCUUCUUUAGAUGGAAAAAUUAUUCUAAUUGUAAAAGCGUAUGAUUUAGGAGUUCCUUCUCUUUCAACAACUGUCAAUGUCACUAUCAAUGUAGAGGACGAAAAUGACAAUUCACCAGUAUUUACUGAGUCUGUCUAUAAUGCCUCUGUAAUGGAAAACACAUUAGGAGCCUUUGUGACAUUGGUUAAAGCCAGUGACAAUGAUGCAACAGAAAUCAACAACCGGCUGAUAUACCGUAUUGAAACUGGUAGUACAGGAACCCUUCUAAUCAGAACAAUGUUAAUCAAUAAAAUUUAUCCAAAACAGUACCAAGGAAACAUUACUGUUGAUCCAACAAUAGCACUAGACUAUGACAAAGGACCAAAAUUUUACACUUUAGGAGUCAGUGCCUCAGAUUUGGGAUUUCCAUCUAAGUCAGCACAUGCAACUGUUUAUGUAAGUGUAUUGGACAUGAAUGAUGAGUCUCCUGUACUAGAUCCGGAAUCAAUGAAGGAUUUGGAUGUCAUGGAAAAUAACACCAAUCUUGGAAUAGUGCGGGACAUAAUUGCAACUGAUGUUGAUACAAAUCACUCCUUAAUUUUUAAGCUGGUUUCAGUGGUUUGUUUGAAGUCUAAAAUUAUUGAUGCUCAGCCAGAUGCGCCAUGCAAAGACUGGUUUGGGCUUUAUGAAAAUGGAUCACUCUACAUGAAUGAAUCUUCAGUUAUUGACUAUGAGGAGUAUGAUCAGGUGGACAUUACAAUUUGUGUUACUGACCUUUACACUGAAAAAAAUUAUCCAUCUACUACUGGCAAACUUACAAUCAAUAUUGUGGAUGCGAAUGACAACGUACCUGUGUUUCUUGCCUUUGAAAGAGUAUCUGUUAUCGUGCCAGAAUUAGCACCAAUUUCUGCUGAAGUAGCAACAGUUAAGGCAAGUGACAAUGAUACCGGAAAAAAUGCAGAAAUUAAUUUUGUUGUCACCAAAGUUUUGUUCAUUUUUUCGGAUGGGCAACCAAACAAAGUAUUGCCAGAAGUAUUUGAAGCUUCAAGAGCUACCCUUGUUGGUGGUGAAUACACAGCAACUAUCAAGAUUAAAUCUUCGCUGGACAAAACAUUAAAGGGGCAAUACAAGGUGACUAUAGAAGCUAGAGAUGGAGGCAAGCCCACUUUAACUGCAAAAAGUUACUUAGACUUAAUUACAGUGGAUGAGAGUUACAAGACCCGAUUAGAGUUUGGUAUAGCACCUGAGGAAGUUCAGCAAAAUUUGAAUGAAAUAAUUGCGGUACUUCGGAAAGCUACACAUUCAAAUCCAUAUGUGGCAGGUGUAAAUGCUGUAGGCAAUGAAAGAGCACAAACAUUAGACAGAAACGGAGCCAAAGCUGUUAUGGAGGUGUAUUUUGUAUAUAACAAUGGAACAGCCAUUCCUCCUGCAAAUAUGAAUCGCAUCUUGCAGUUUAAUCCCGAGGCUGUUAAAGAACUGAUAGACUUUGGCCUUUUGAAUAUUAAAGAACCAACUGAACCUACUGAUCCCGAAAGACCGCUUCUUGCUACUAUAGGUGGUUUAGCAGCAGCUUUCGUUAUUGUGUUAGCCAUCAUGAUUACCAUUGUGGUUUGCAAUCGUCAAAGUUACAAAAGGAAAAUAAAAUCAAUGACUGCAAUGAACACAGCUAAAACAAUUACAAUUGAUGCACAGCAGAGUGGGCCUGUUGUUCCUGGUACAAACAAAUAUAUUUUGGAAGGUGCUAAUCCAGUAUGGAACACUGAUAUUACUACUUCUGCAGACCUUGGUUUUGAAGAAGCUAAUUCAGACAGUGCAAGUAUUAAUUCUUUGGAUGAGAAUGUGGUUGAUACCUUGUUAGAAAUGCCAACAAAGAAAUCAAGCCAGUUAGAGAUGACAGAGAAAACAAUUAACAGUCACUCAAUUGAUGAAAAGGCCAAACCUCUGAGUGCUGCACUGGAUGACCAUGACAACAAUAAAGAGAAAACAUCAGGGAAGUCUGGGGAUGGAAUUCACAAGUCUACACUGAACUGCACUGAUAUCUGA